UCAGUUUAAGCAUUAAUUUUGGUGAUUUCCAAUUUUGAAUGAACCCACGCACAUUGUAGGUUUUCAAAAUGGCUGGAGAAGUUGUUGUCGAUGCUUUGCCGUAUUUCGACCACGGUUAUGAUGAGCCUGGUGUAAGAGAAGCCGCGAUUGCUUUGGUAGAAGAAGAGACAAGGCGAUACAGACCAACAAAAAAUUAUCUUGACUAUCUCCCGCCUCCAAUUUACAACUCAUUUGAAACAGAAAUGAUGAAAAAUGAAGUCGAACGUUUGCAGGCUCGUCUUCCGAUGGAAAUGAUGAACAUGAAGCGGUAUGAACUACCAACACCAGCAGCCGGCAAGAUGACGGACAUCUCUGCGUGGACGGAGUGUCUGGAGAACUCUCAGGCUCAGCUGGAGCACCAGGCUCUGAGGAUCCUGAACCUUGACCUCAUGCAGGAGUAUGGCUCCAGUGCCUGGAAGAUGUACAAUGGUGUGCUGUCACACAUGUUGGAGCAGGCUCAGAAGCAACUCCAGGACCUGCGCAAGAAGAUCCAGGAGAUCAACUGGCAGCGCAAGAAUGAGCAGAGUGUUGCCGGGAGCAAGCUUGAGCAGCUCGAGUCUAGCUGGGUGGGGCUGGUCAGUAAGAACUACGAGAUUGAGCGAGCGUGUGCCGAGGUCGAGAAGGAGAUCCAGGAGAUACAGCAGAGGCAGGGCAAGAGAUGAUGACCUCAACGUUGCGGAGCCUGGCCAUGGAGGUGGUGUAGACGAAAUGUGUGCAACUGAGAGAGGACAAGAACUACCGAAACUGAGUCGGAAACUUCAUCUGGUCACAGUGCCAAAACACAUACGAUGAUUGGAAAGAUGUGUAUUAAAAAGAGGAGAAUUUCUGACAUUGAAAGUCUCUAGAUUUACGACUGUUUACCCCUAUACUUGUAACAUGGCCUGAUGAACGUCUGAUGGCUAUAGUUGAUGGAACCUACUCAUCAGUUUCAUUCUGAUGAUCAAAGGCGUGGAACAGUUUUCAUGUGUAACAAUGCAACAAGGAUGACAGCAGUCUUGAUUGUUGAUGGCUACUUCACUGUUACGUUAGCAAUUCCAGAUGGAUGUAUUCUUUUUUAACACAUUUCCAUUAGGCUCACACUUUCAUUCAUCCUUUGUAUGUGCAUUUCAUACGUGUCAUGUCAUCCUGGAUCCAUGGUUAACAUUGUCUCAGAAUUCUUUUUUUUUAAAUCUGCUUUUGUACAACUUGUCAUGAAAAAAACCCCAAUAAAAUGAAGGAUCUAGUGGCCACAAUGGCAGCUAUGUAUGGGUUGUACUCACAGGGGAAAUACAUAAAACUAUCAUCAUUAUGGGAAUUUGGGAGAUGGAUGUCAUCAGGACACAAGUAUUAUAGAUUCGACUUCUUUGUGAUACAUACACAACCUUUCAGGGGCAAGUAGCCUUGAAACAUUGUGUAUGUACUGCAAAGCUGUUGUCCUGAUAUCAUCAUUACACAAUACACAUUGAGUUGAUUGUACACAAUUACUUAUGAAGAAGUUAAAACACCCAAUAGAAUAAGAACACUGAGCUUAAACGUUACAAAUACCCAAUCUCAUUAAAAUCAGAUCUUAGUUCUCGCUACUGCUAUACAAAGAUUCCAUUAGGGGUCACAUCAGAACGACCUUUCAUCCGACCAAUCAGAGCGUUGUGAUUGUACACAAUUACUUAUGAAGAAGUUAAAACACCCAAUAGAAUAAGAACACUGAGCUUAAACGUUACAAAUACCCAAUCUCAUUAAAAUCAGAUCUUAGUUCUCGCUACUGCUAUACAAAGAUUCCAUUAGGGGUCACAUCAGAACGACCUUUCAUCCGACCAAUCAGAGCGUCGCUUACCAGAUCAUGAAAGUGACAGUCGGAAUGUGAUUUCUAAUCAUGCAACCUCGAAAACUUUAACAUGGGGUAAUCCGAAGGAUAGUUAUGGGCUUAAUGCCUAAAUCCAUACAAUCUAGACCAUAUAUUAGCGAUUCCAGAAUGUUCUUUUGUUCGGGUUUCAAAUUUUAAAUCGAGAAUUUGUCAAUAAUAUUUCAAAGCGUAGUCGCCUAUUUGAAAUUAGUGCUGUAAAACACGAGAAAGCUGCCUUCUGAUUGGCUAAUGUCGACUUUUUGUCAGUCAUUUCAUUGGUCGGUCAAAGUUCGCGCAAGGUAGGCCUGACGUAAUCCGUAAUGGGGUGUUCUCAGAUCUUUGUUUAGCGGUGGGAAGAACUUAGAUCUGAUUUUAAUGAGGUUGGACAAAUACCCAAAGUAGCCUAAUUCGCUUGCCUAUCUGUAUUUCCUUGCAGAUCUUUGUUGACUGAUCAAAUACAGGCACCACAACUACAUCACUGUGGUGUCCUCAUGUCACAUGUGGCACACUGGGGCAGCAUAUCUACAGAUGCAAAUAACCAUCUCAUUUGAAACAGCAUUUUAAACAAAAAUAUUUUUGUAAAAGGUCUACAUAUUGGUUUAUGAAUAUUCUAUAGACUGAACGCAAGGGAAUAUGCAUAUAAUCUUAUAUAUUGCUUCUGAUCUCCAUGGCAUCUACAACCGACUAUGCUUGUCGUAAAAGGCGACUAACGGGAUCGGGUGGUCAGGCUGGCUGACUUGGUUGAUGCAUGUCAUCGAUCCCAAGUGGGUGGAUCGAUGCUCAUGAUAUUAAUCACUGCAUUGUCUGGUCCAGACUCGAUUAUUUACAGACCGCCGUCAUAUAGCUGGAAUAUUGCCAAGGGGGGUGUUAAACAACAAACCAACCAACCAACCAUGGCAUCUGCAUCCAAAAGGGUUGUACUUUUGAGGGUAUAUAUGUGUUCUGUUGCAAUUGUUUUUGCUGACAUUGAAAUAUCCAAGAUGGUGAAGAAAUGAAGCAAAGUCAUGUUAGAAAGUUGUCAUCUGAUUUGUUCCAAGAACCCAUGCAUCCUUCAUUUUGGGUUCACCUGACCAGAUCUCCGAUUAUGGAGGUGUUAAAUCUUCAAGCCGGAAGGAUAUGGUAUCAGAGUAAAACAUCCGAUUUUCAUGAUAUGGCUGUGAAGUAGCUGUAAUGAUGCUGAUCAGUCAUAAAAUCUAAAGGGCCUCACACUGUUGCCAUGGUGUUUGAUGUUUCAGUAUGUUAUGAACUAUGAGAAAGUGGAAUUAUUAGGUGUAACAUAGGUUUGAUGGGUUUCAUUCAUCAUUUUUCAUUGUUUAAACUGCCAUUAAGAAUAUUUGCAUUUGUUCAUUUUGGUGAGAAAUGAUAAUAAAACAUAAUUUUCAAUGUA